CAAAAACGAGGAAAUUGACUUGAAAGGUGUGUUUUAUUGAAGCUCAAUUAUCGAUUUUGAUUAAUAACUUUACGAUUGUUAUUGUUAGACACUUUUGUAUACCAGAGUAUUUAACAUUGGAUUAUAAGGAAGAAAUAAAAAUGAAAUUUAAUAGAAAUUGCCUAUUUUGUGUAAUUUUAAUCUUGACAAUUUCCUUCAGUGAAGCUAGACAUCUUAAGGGGAAAAUAUCGGAUGCUGCCACGAGAAUAUCACAAUCUUUAAAUCAACAAAGUAUUAUGCAAUCCGGAAAUGAUAAUUCUGUAUUAAAAAGGAACAGUAAUUCAGUCGUCGCAAUAUCACAAAAUGACAGAAACAACAAAACAAAGAUGUCGUCGAAACCACAGCUUGGAGAAUUUAAAUCAAUACCAAACAUACUGCAUGAACACUCCGAACAGCAAGAUCGCGAGACAACUUUGUUAACUAAGAAACAAAGCGAUGUAACCAAGGGUGGAACGGAUUCUUUCGUCUCCAGUAACAUUAUUCAACAUGUGAACCAGCAUCAUCCAAACGCAAGCAAAACAAUAACAAAUGCUAUUGCUGUAAAAGAAAGAAAUGGGGAUAAUACAAAAAGUAAUGAAUUUGAAUUGAAUAUAAGAACAAACUCACUUCAAAAUAAUGAGAAUCAUGGUUUGCACAAAGAUAAUAAUAUAAAACCAGGAGCAAAGACUCUAGGUUCAAGUGUUCAAUCUGUUUCGGAAAACGAUGCUGUAGUUGUAGCUAAAGACGAUUCAAAAAAUCGUCUACGACCGACUGUUACUGUUUUUAUCGAGGAGAAAAAUCCGAAUGGCCACACUCAAAGAGUCAUUGCAAGCAGUGGAGAUGGUGUCAUAAAGAGUAAAACUGUGCAUGUCAACGAUGAAACGUUAGAUUCCAAUGGAAGUGAAAGAGUUUCUCCUAAUGAUAUACUUAACACUGAUGAUUCGUCAAAUAAAUUAGAAAAUAAUAAGGUAUCCCCUAAUGUGAUACAUAAUAAUGAUGCCACAACUAACAUAAUAGAGCACAGUGAUGUCCAAGCUGAUGUAAUAGGACAAAGCGAUGUCCCAUCGAACCAUAUAGAACACAGUGGUGUCCCAGUUAAUGGAGUAGAACACAUCGAUGUCCAAGCUAAUGGAGUAGAACACAGCGUUUUUCCAUCUAAUGUUAUAGAACACAGUGAUGUCCCAGCUAAUGAAGUAGAAAGUAACGAAGUCCCAGCUAAUGUUGAUGAACACAGUGAUGACCUAACUGGUGUUGAUGAUGUUUUAGAAAAGGAAAUCAAGCAUACCGAUAGCUUAUCUGUUGAUAAAGAACACAGCGAUGUCUCAGCUAAUUUACUUGUUACAGGAACCAAUGUAGAUUCAGCUAACAUUAUUGAAGACGGUGAAAUUUCAGCUAAUGCAGUUAAUAUCAAUAAAGUUUCAUCUGAUAUAAAAGUACACGAUAAAGACUCGUCUAGUGAUAGAGAAAAUAAUGAAAUUUCUUCUGACAAAAUAAAUAACAAUGAAGUCCAUGCUGAUCAAAUGAAAACUAACGAAGUGCUGCACGAAAACACGUUAAGGAAGGAGGAUACAGGACAUAAAGCUAUGACAAGGAAUGAAGCGAUAAGUGAAAAUUAUGAUUCGAAGAUAACCCCCACAAUGGCAGUUUUGGAUAACGCAUAUGACAAUAAAAUGCCUUUGAAAAACAUAGUGGAACCAGCAGAAGCUAAUGCUGACAAUCUGCACAAUGUUGACACUACAGGCAACGCUGUCAGAGAUAUUUCAAUACCUGAAACGACAGUGAUAACAACAGAAUCACCAACAGUAAUGGCAACAACGUGGAGUAGAUCUACAAAGAUGACAACUCCUACAACACCUAAAAUUGUGAACAAGAACCGGCCCACAGCUGCAGCGCCUACAGUGCGAAGACCAGAGGAUGUAACACCGCUUGAUAUAUUUACUUCUGAUAUAAAAUAUCAGAGGUUCCCUAGGCCAAUGAGUCUAACAACUUUAAAGAACAAGGUGCUUGGUAAACCGUUAAAGAAGUUGUACAUUCUGGAGGAGUCGGAGAAGAAGUUGUUUCAACACGUGCGUCAGCUAGAGGCGAUAUAUACAAUAGAGGACGGAGAACUUUAUGUAUCUUUUCUAUUCCGAUUUAUAUACUCAAGAAAAUGCCAAGAAAUCAAAAAAUUUAAAAUGGGAAAUCUUGUUGGAAACACAGAUAUUGCAAUGUUUGAAAAAGAAAUGGAUGAUGGGAAAACGGAGCGUAUAAUGUUUUUCUCAGAGCGCCCAGAGGACUAUGUAUUCUUUAUGUCCUGCACGGAUAUGAAGACGUCACCAUACGCGUGCAGAGAUACUUAUUAUGUCACAUUAGACACAACACAUGAUCCACCAAAUCAGUUUCCGUGGGCCGAUGCAGCAAAUGAACUCGAGUCCAAACUUAGCAUAACGUUUGAGGAUCCGAGAUUUAUUUUCAACUUCGUACUUUUGCCUUGUGCUAGAAGUUCAUGAUGGAGCUGACAAACUGAGAUAAUAAUGAUGCCAAAAGUUCUCCGAAACAAAUGUCAGAACUCGUGUAAUGUCUGUGAUGAAUAUUUUUCCUGAUACAACUGAUCAAUCUGAAAAAUAUGACACUAUUAUAAAGGGUGCUGUAUAUGUCAUGAAGCGGGAAAUCAUCGGAAUAAAUGUUUUUAAGGGUGCUGUUACUAACAUAACAU